AGUAGUCUACACAUUGAACUCGUGAUAAGGAAAUGUAUAGAAAUAGAAAAAUAAAAUAUGUAUUUGAUUACCUUUAGCAGCAUAUCGUACUGUACUGUUUUGCUUAUUUUUCGCGAUUAAAUGCCACUUUUUUUUGUGUGUGAAACAGUAGGUAAGUAAUUCACCCACACAGUGCAAUUUUUUAACCAGUUUUCAUUUGAUGUGCUGAUACUACUCAUUAGUGGAAAAUGGCGUUAGUGAUUCCCCUCAUUUUACUCUCCAUCUCAUCUUCGUUCCUCAUACAGAACGUCAACUCGGCCAAAAUCUUAUACCUUUACAGCUACGGAUGCAAAAGCACAGCAUCGAUGCACCAAUCAAUCAGCAAAAUUCUACUGAAUAACCAUCACGAGCUCAUCGCCAUAAGUCCAUUUCCACUAGACGAGAAUUUCUCCAACUACACCGAUCUGGCAGUAUACGACGAUCUUUACCAAUUUUCGGAUCAAUAUUCAGCAGACGAUACACAAACUGGCACCUACAUUAAUAGAAAACUCGGCUACCAAAUCCAAAUCUCCAAUUGCGAAAACAUCUAUCGAAAUACCAAAGUGAUCGAAACUUUGAAAAACACUCGAAUAGAUUUAAUAUUUUGGGAGGCAGAUAAUGGGGAAUGUUUUUUACCAUUGUUGAAUAAAUUUCAAGUGCCAAUAAUCGGAGUAGCUGCGGGGAAUUUUUUAUUCCCAGAUCAGGAUGGUUUCUUGGGUAAUCCUGUGAACCCAUCCUAUGUGCCUACUCCUUUGAGUGGAUUUUCUUCACGAAUGGAUUUUUUUCAAAGGUUGCUAAAUACCAAGGAUUACGUGCUGCAUUUGCUGAUCAACUGGUACUAUACCCAAGAAGCGGAUGCCUUUGCUGGCAAGUAUUUUAAAAGUGCACCGGUUCGAGAAAUAUACGAUCGAGUUUCGCUGGUUUUUUCUAACGCUCAUUACGGUUUAUUACCGAAACCAACGGCUCCUGCUACAGUGGAUAUUGCCGGAAUCCAUAUUGGAAAGCCGAAACCAUUGCCAAAAGAAAUUGAAACCUUCAUCGAAAGCUCUGCAGAAGGAGUCAUUUACUUGAGCUUGGGAUCCGUGACGAAAUUCAGCGGACUUCCAAAACACAUACAAGACUCUUUUGUGCAAAUUUUACAAAAAUUGCCAUACAGGGUCAUCUGGAGACACGAUAAACCAGAAACAAUUCCGAAUACUUCGAAAAAUAUCCUCGUCAAAAAAUGGCUCCCUCAGAAAGAGAUUCUCGCCCAUCCAAAGGUCAUUUUGUUUAUAUCACAUUGUGGAAUAUUCAGUACAAACGAAGCUAUCUACUUUGGUGUACCCAUAUUGGCGUUUCCUGUUUUAUACGAUCAAUUUACAAAUGCAGCCAUUUUAGAAAAUCUACGAGUCGCAGUAACUUUAGACUGGCGCAAUUUCAAGCAAGAAUAUUUACAAUCGAGUAUUGAAGAAGUUAUAAAAAAUAACAAGUAUCGAGAGAAUAUCAAGGAAUUAUCAAAUAUUUUCAGAGAUAGACCGCAAAGUCCUCAAGAUACCCUGCUCUAUUGGGUGGAUUACGUAUUGAGACAUAAAGAUGUUUCGCAUAUUUUGAAACCAGCCGGAGCCAAGUUACCAUUUCAUCAAUAUUUGUUACUGGAUGUGAUUUUAUUCUUGUCUGUGGUAUUUGUUUUGAUAAGUUGUAUUAUUUAUUUAAUUUUGAAAAAAAUAGCAUCGAUAUUUGUUAAAAUGUUGACAAAGAAAUCUGUGUUGAAGAAAACCAAAACAUCGUGAAGAGAAUUUAGUGCAUGUUUUUGUACCGGUUGUGCUUAUUUCACUUUUUUUUUUGUAACCAUAGGUACUAAUUUUUAAUUAAAAAAUUUGGUCAUAUCAACCUUU